AUCUAUUAUUGCCGCAACUGGAAAACUUAGGGGGAAAAGGCCGUAUUAUAGCCCUUUCCGAAGCUGCUCUGGCUGAGGUUAGCGAUUUCGCUCCCACUGGAUUAUUUUGGCGUUGUCAUGCGGCUCUGGUUGAACAUUCCGAACUAGUGCUACAGUUGGCCAAGUUAGGACUGCCGCAAAUAUCGUCUUUUGAGUCUUUAUUUAUUGCUGGGGACAAAUCAUUUCUAACUGUUUUAAAAAAAAGAGAUAUCGCUGGCACGAUUCCUCAAACUUAUGUUUUGUCAAAAAAUGACCUGGGAGUUUUCUUAGGCAAGAACUUUACUAAUCAGGCUUGGGAAGAGAAAAUAAAGGAAGAUGGCAAAUACCAAGAUAUUACUGUUUUUCUGGCCGAUGGUGUAGUACGAGGGAUUGGUUCCCGAGUUUCUGAUCAGGAAAUAGUAAAUGUGGCUCAAGGGGGGCAGAGACAAGCGGUAGUGUUGUCUUCAGAGGAAGUAAUAGGGAAAGAGGAUACUAGCGAGUUAA